UGUGUUCUAUCAUUGCGUCGUCAAGCUGGGAAUAUCUUGUGGAUCGUUCAGUCAAUCUGCGCCAUAGACAUGGCUUACCAGCCGCACACCCACGCAACGGACGACGUCUAUGCUGAGGCCCUUCGCAACAUCUACGGUUUAAAGAGCUGGUAUGAGACGGCUGGCCACGGAAGAUGUGAUACCGAGUCUUGCUCCGAGGACCUCCACAUCUGAUAUCUAUCCCUGGUCCGUAGGUAAGCCAUCGUAGCGCGACACCUAUCUUGAGGCCCGCAUGGCGCCACCUUUUAGUUUCGAAGACUCAUCCGUUCCAAACAUGGCUGGAACUCCAGAUGUCGUGUUGCCAAUCGGCGAUGUCUCAUACAACAGCACAAAGUCUCUGCACACGGAGUAUCUUCCCGUGGCGAUGACUUUGCGAAUGGCGCGGGGCUGUGACUCUCAUCUCGCGAAUCUGGUUAGGGAUUUGGAAGCGAAAGGCCUCCUUCGUCAGGUAGCCACAGGUCCUCGAUUAUAUCCAUGGACAAAGGAUAUCUUGAUGCCUCUCAAACUACACGGCCCAUUUAUGAACAGCGGACAAAUUGAGACUGAGAAAGAAGAAUUCGUGUACCCCGCACGAUGCAUGCAUGGGUGGGCAGUUCUGACGUCGAUCAACACGCGGCAUCCGUCAAAGCACAACCGAGGUUCAAAGGACUAACGGGUGCACCAGCGAUAGGACACCGGUCAUCUUAUUGUUAAACAAUAAAU